ACCUCCAUAUUUGUAGGCGGAAUAAUGACAGGAGGCGGACUUUGACAUUGCAGCUGCCGUUUGGUUAACCAGGAAGCGGCGGCGGAGAAGACACCAAGAGGCCGCAGGUGGAUACCGGCUUCAGUCGGAGCUGAUGUGGGAGCGGCGGAGGAAGCGGAGAGGCUGUAAAAACACCGUGAGCGUUAGCUGGUGGUGAUGAAGGCAGGUUGUCGGGCUAAUUUAACACACUGUCGUAUCUCUGUCAGUUCCCUGUUCCGUUGUGUCGAGUCACCCGUGUUAGCUGAGCGCUGCAGACACUCAGGUCACAGCCAUGUAUUAUUUAUCCCACAUGGAGCUGUGGAGAACAUACUGGGAGUGUGUUUCCAGGCCUUACACGGUGUUCAUCUGCUCCCUCACGGCCGCACUGUACUAUCUGUGGGGCCGGAAGUGUCAGACGCCAGCUCUGGUUUGCAGCGAGGCUUUUGGCGCAUUCCUGCACAAGCACUGUCCCGUGGUGGCCGAGCGCUUCAGCCCCACUCCCUGGUGCUGGGGAGGCCGGCUCCAAACCCUGGUCUGUGCCCUCAUCAAGUCCAGACCUCCCGUCGCUUAUCGCAAUGAGCGGAUCCGUACGGUUGAUGGUGGUCAGAUCUCUCUGGACUGGGUGGACAAUGAGGCCAGCCACAAUUACCCAGAAUCCUCCACCCGCCCCACCGUGCUGAUCCUCCCGGGCCUGACGGGGAACAGCCAGCAGUCAUACGUGCUCCACGCCAUUAACCAGGCCACACGCCACGGCUACAGAUGUGUGGUCUUCAACAACAGAGGACUUGGAGGGGAAGAGUUGUUGACGCCAGUGACCUACUGCGCUGCCAAUACCUCUGAUCUUGAGCGAGUGGUGACCCAUGUCAAAGGACUUUACCCCCAUGCCCCUGUGCUUGGUGCUGGUGUAUCUUUGGGAGGCAUGGUGUUGUUAAACUAUCUGGCCCGUAAGCGCUCAGAGUCAGGGAUGGUGGCUGGUAUCACCAUCUCCGUCCCCUGGGAUGCUCAGAAAUCAUCCGACUCGAUGGAAGAACCUCUCAACUGGCUGCUCUUUAACAAAUACCUGACGAGUGGCCUGUGCCGUGCCGUUACCAGGCACAGGAAGAUCCUGGAGAAAGUGGUGGAUGUUGACCACGUCCUGAAGGCACGGACCAUCCGUGAGUUUGACGAACGCUUCACGUCUCUGUUGUUUGGUUACAAAUCUUGUACGGAUUAUUACCAUGAUGCCAGUCCAGACAAGAAACUCCCCAGAACAGCUGUACCCAUUUUGUGUCUGAACGCCGCUGAUGACCCGUUCUCUCCCCAGACUGCCUUCCCAGUCACCAUCGUCCAGAGCCUUCCUAACGUCGCCCUGCUGCUGACGGCCCACGGCGGACACAUCGCCUUCCUGCAGGGUCUGUUUCCGCGAGGAGAGAGCUACAUGGAGCGCCUAUUCAGCCAGUUCGUCCAAGCCGUCUUCGAAUACCCGAAAGACAUCGAAAAAGCCUGCUGCAUUGAAGAGGAGCAGACAAGCGAAUAGUGGAAUGACUGUGAGCCGCAAAACAUACGAAGCCACUAGGGCUGGACCCGAAUAUCCGAAUAUUCGUUCCCGGAGGCUGUAUCCGGAUAUUAAUUUCCCCCGGUGGGACGUUACUGGGCAGAACGAAUAGUUGGCAUUACUGUCUUCCCUCCGCCUUCGACCCACAUCUGCUAAUCCUGUCCUAUGAUCACAUAAACAUAUACAUAUAUGUCUAUGAGAUAUACACAUUUGUCUAUGUGAUCACCCUCUCCUCCCCCAGACGAAAAUAGGAAUAUUCGGAGUUCGUCUCUUCCCUCCGCCUUUGGCCCAAUUCGGCUCAUCCCGCCGUGUUCUUCGGCUCAUCUCGGCUCCUCCAUUCGUGUUUCUUCCCACCACCUGAACGGCCGGGUGGCUGCCGACUCUGACGUCACGCUUCACUUCAUUGCAUAAACACAAGACAAGAUGCUGAAGACCUCCGCUGUUUGGGAAUUCUUCAGUUUAACUGAAGAAAAAACGAAGGCAGUGUCCAAAAUUUGCGUCUGGGAGACCAGAGGAAUGGAUCCAAAUAGUCAGGCGGUUCUGCUCCGGUCUGGGAGACCAGAGGAAUGGAUCAGAAUAUUUGGGCCGUCUCCGCCCCGCCCCGCCCCGCCCCGCCCCGC